AUGGAUUAUGGACUGAUCAUCAGUGUGCUCACAGGAGCAUUAGUCAGUGUUGCCUCUGGUCAGUCUCGUCAGUACUACUUUGUGAACACAUCACUGAACUGGACUGAAGCACAGAGCUUCUGCAGACAGGUCUACACUGACCUGGCCACCAUAGAAAACACAGCUGACGUCAGUGCUGUUAACAGCAUCGCAUCAAACGACACAGGCAAGGCUUGGAUCGGUCUCUAUGAUGACUUGGUGAACAGCUGGAGAUGGUCCCUGAGUAACAGCAGCUUCUACGGUGAAGGAGAGACAGAGUUUAGAAACUGGAAUACUAAUCAACCCAAUGGUCUUAAUGGGAAAGACCACUGUGUGGACAUUUUUGAGUCCUCUGGCAAAUGGCGAGACAGGCCAUGCAGCGAGACAAAAUUCUUUGUGUGCUACAACGGUAUAGUAAAUGGCACUCCAUCCUUUGUUAUGGUCACCACAAGUUUAAAUUGGACCGAAGCUCAGAGAUUCUGCAGGGAGAAUUAUGUGGAUCUAGCCAGUAUAAGAAACCAGACAGAAAAUGACAUCAUCACAAACCUGACGGGUGGGAUCACUGUGUGGAUUGGUCUUUACCGGGAAAAAUUGUGGUCUGAUGGGAGCACCUCUCUGUUUCGACAUUGGGCCAGCUCGCAGCCCAACUUAGCCGCACAGGAGUGUGUCACCACAUCGUUUAGCGACUCAGGACAGUGGUCAGAUGAUUACUGUGCCUCCAGUUUUCCAUUCAUCUGUUACAAAACAAGUAAUGCAUCUUGA